AUGCUUAAAGCGAGAUCUGGAGGGUCCACAGGAUCAAAUAAUGUCCCUCUUGGUCGAAGGCGGUUUGAUGGGGGACCCGAUUCUUUACCGCCAUUGCCUAAUCCUGUAAACUCUAGAAGCAGGUUUGAUCAAGUCGAUCAUUCAGAGUCUCUCCCUCGUCGACAUGAAAACCAAUUUCCUGAAGACCGUGGGCGUCGUUUGUACAAAAAACAUUACUGGGGCAAGCCGACUCCCAUCGAUGAAAUGCUGCCCUCCCAAAUGGAAUUAGAAUUAAGUAUUGGAUCUUGUAUGACCAAUGAACAAGUAGAACUGUUUGCUAUGAAUGUUAGACUUGAAGAAAUCACUCAAAAACUUCGCACAGGAAGCGUCGUCCCCAGUGAUAGAGAGCGUUCUCCUUCUCCUCCUCCCCAGUACGAUAACCAUGGUCGUCGGCUAAAUACAAGAGAAAUUCGUUACAAGAAAAAGCUAGAGGACGAGCGUCAUCACAUCAUUGAAAAGGCUAUGAAGACCGUUCCCAAUUUCAAAGCUCCUAGCGAUUAUCGCCGUCCAGCAAAAACACAAGAAAAGGUUUACGUUCCUGUACAGGAUUACCCAGAAAUCAACUUUAUCGGUCUUUUAAUUGGCCCUCGAGGUCAUACAUUGAAAGACAUGGAGUCAAAAUCUGGAGCCAAAAUCGCCAUCCGUGGUAAAGGAAGUGUUAAAGAAGGAAAAGGUAAAAGCGAUCCAUCGGUACGUGGUAAUAUGGAGGAAGACCUUCACUGUCUUGUGACCGCCGAUUCAGAAGACAAAAUUAGCCAUGCCAUUCGAUUAAUUGAUCUUGUCAUUCAAACUGCCGCUUCCACUCCCGAAGGACAAAAUGACUUAAAGAGAAAUCAGCUCCGUCAGCUCGCCACCCUGAAUGGUACCCUUCGAGAUGACGAGAACCAAGUUUGUCAGAACUGCGGUAAUGUUGGCCAUCGUCGUUAUGAUUGUCCUGAACGAAUUAAUCAUACCCUAAAUAUCGUUUGCAGACAUUGCGGUAAUGCUGGCCAUAUUGCACGAGACUGUCCUGUGAGAAACCAACCUCCCGUAGCCGAUGCUGCGGCAGAUCGUGAGUAUCAAAGUCUCAUGCAGGAAUUGGGUGGUGGCUCUAUUGCUUCUGCUGCUGAUCAACAGCAUGCUUUGGAGUAUACUGAAACUGCUAACACCAAUUCCGCGGCACCACCCCCUUGGGCUGCCAAUAACGGCCCACCAUCAGAGUCUUCUAGUCCAGCUCCUUGGACGAAAGCCACUCCGAGCAUUGCUUCUACCCCUGCUGCAACUCCAGCUCCUUGGACGAAAGCCACUCCGAGCAUUGCUUCUACCCCUGCUGCAACUCCAGCUCCAGCUCCAGCUCCUUGGCAACAAGCGGUGCCCCCUCAGCCUGUCUCUUCUACAUCAACUGGUGGGUUACCUCCUUGGCAACAGGGUACCCAGCCGGUGAUUUCCGAUCCUAAUCUACCGGGUCUUCCCCUCCCCGGCAUGCCUCCAGGCCUUCCCCCUGCACCCGCUGUGCCUGGACUACCAACAGCUGGCGCAGCACCGGAUAUGAUAUCUACGCCUUUGAUGAAUCUUCCACAGCCUCCUAUGCUUCCGCCAGGAAUGGCUGCCCCACCAGGUAUGGCUCCUCCUCAAGCUAUGCCUUCUACUUUUCCUGCUUAUGCUCCUCCUCCUCCAGGCAUGCCGCUGCCGGGUGCUCCAGGAAUAUCCAAUGCUCCUCCUGGAAUGCCUCAAACGCUUUCAUUUGGAGCGCCGCCUGGUAUGCCCAUGCCUCCAGGCACGUCUCCUAAACCUUAA